GCUCAUUUGUCUGUUGAAGUGUCAGAAGAAAGAAGGAAAACAAAAAUCUGGAAUUACACAAUUCGCACUUAAUUCCCGCGUCUCAAAUACAGUACGGACAGCGAGUUAAAUCGGCUAGAAAGGUGCCUCACAAACAGAAUAGAGAGCAACCUAGCUAGGGUUUUGGCACAGAAAAGAAGAUGAAGCCCAAAAAAGUGGACAAAUCUUCCAAGCUGAUUUUGGAAGAGGUGAUUGGAUUGACGACUAAAGGUGCUAAUGGAUUGGCAUCCAGUAGUUCCAGUUCCAAAUGUGUGUAUAUAGCUGGAUGUGUUGCGGUUGUUUACGAUGUCGAUUCUGGAACACACUCGAAUCUUGUCGUUUCUCAUCGAAUGCCCAAGCCUUUGAGCUGCAUUGCUGUUUCACCAAAUGGAAAGUUUGUUGCAGCUGGAGAGUCAGGGUGUCAAUCUGCAGUUCUUGUAUGGGACUUGGAGAGCUCGGCUUCUCUAUUCGAACUCAAAGGCCAUCAACUUGGUGUGGCAUGCAUAGAUUUCUCUCCUGAUGGUAAACAUCUGGUUUCUGUUGGAUUUUCUCAUGAUGGCCACCUCCGCCUAUGGGAAUGGAGGAGUGGGAUAUUAGCUGCAAAGGUUAAAGCAAGUUCAUCCUUUACUGCUGUUGCAUCUGUCAAAUUCACAGCAGACGGAAAGUUCAUUUUAACUGCCGGCAAAAGUCAUUUGAAGUUUUGGAAACUAUCUAAAAGUUCUCGUGCUAAUGCCAGAACAGGAUUACUGGCAAUAUGCGGAAAUUCUAUAAAUUUAGGUCAUCACAGGGGAUGCUCAUUUGUAGCUCUUUCAUCUUCAUUUUUGACUAAAAGUAGAUUGGUCGAUUGCAAUCAAAAUCCAGAAAUCUCUCCUAUCCAUGCAUUAACAGAUACAGGUAUUUUGUGUCUUCUGGAUUCUCAAUUUAAAAUCACAAAAUCAGUUGACUUGAAGGUCAAGAAAGGAUUUGCUUUAUCUGCCUCCAACAACGUUGUUGCUUGUGCAUGCAACAAUGGGGUGGUUAAAAUGUUUGCAAUAUUAUCUCUUAAAUAUUCUGGAAGCUUGUUAUACACUGAAGUUAAAAGAUGCAACAAGCUUAUCGUCAAGGAGUGUGAUAUAAAAGCCAACGAAAGUGGAUAUCCUGAUGCUAUAGCUUGCCAAUUCUCACCCUCCAACAAACUUGUAGUGGUUUACGAAGAUCACUGCCUCUACGUAUGGGAUAUACAUGAUGAAUCCAAAGGUACCAAGUCUUGUGUACUAGUUUCGCAUAGUGCAUGCGUAUGGGAUGUUAAAAGUUUAUCAUGUGAACACAUGCACGAUCCUUCUCUUGCAUGUGCUGCUAGAGGUUGUCCCGGCGGAACCUCUUUCACAACUUGCUCGGCAGAUGGAACAAUUAGGUUGUGGGAUCUCAUUCUGCAGUCCGAGUCGUCAGAAGGUUACUCAUCUACAGUUAAUGACUGUUCUCUAGCAAUUACAGAACCAGAUGGCGCUUCUUGCUUAGUGAGUGCCGGAAUUUUUGAAAGAGAAUACGUGAUGUCAAAUACCAGGACCAAAGGGUUUCGCGCAAUGGCAGUCAGUUCUGAUGGAAAGCACCUCGCUGCUGGUGACUGUGAGGGAAAUCUCCACUUGUAUAACCUGCAUACUUCUGACUACAUAUAUAUACCGGAUGCUCACAAUGCUGAAAUCCUGUCAUUGACCUUUAGCUCACCUACAAAAAAUGAUUCUUCUGAGAAAGAUAUAGAAGUGUGCUACUUUCUUGCGUCAGGUGGACGAGACCAUAUAAUUCAUCUUUAUGACGUGGACAGGAAUUUUAAUCUUAUUGGAAGUGUUGAGGAUCAUUCAGCUGCUGUGACUUCUCUAAAAGUCAAUGCCAGUGGACGUAAACUCCUAAGCUGUAGUGCUGCUGGGUGUAUGAUGCUUCAUGAUGUAGCUGCAGCAGAAAAUGGUUAUAAUAUUUCUCGUUGCCCUAAUCAGGUGGCGUCUCAUGAAAAUGUAUAUGACAUGGCUGUAGAUGCGAUGCUGGAGUGUAUUGUCACUGUUGGGAAGGAUAAGAAGGUAAACACAUUUAACAUUGCUGCCGAGAAACUUAUUGGUUCAUUCAAACAAGAUGGAGAUUUUGGAGAGGCGAGAAAUACAACUUUGGAUCCAAGCAGUAGCUAUUUGGUAUCUUCUUACGCAAACAAGUCUAUAUGCAUGUAUGACUUUUUGACUGGGGAAUUGGUUGCACGAGCAGUGGGGCAUGGUGACACUAUAACUGGCAUCACCUUCUUACCAGAUUGCAAGCACUUGGUGUCUGUGGAUGCCAAUGGGUGUAUUUUUCUAUGGAAGCUACCUGACCCUUUCUCUUCUAGAAUAGUGAAGAGUGUUGAGAAAUUAAAUAUUCAUCUGUCCCCAUUCAUAAAAGAUCCUCCAGUAGCUUUUUCACAGAUACAAUUUCUUGAAGGGGAUGAUAGCCUAUGCAAAGCUAAUCCUUUAAAUGAAGCUGCAUUGCAGUAUUCGGGGUUUAACCUCCUUCGUGAAAGAAUGUCUUGCCAGGGAGGUAAUCCUGAAGAAAGCACAUCAUUUAAGUUUAGUGUCUCCAGGCUUCCAAAGUGGGCACAAGAGAAAGUUACUGAAGGUGGCGUGUUCCCUACAAGAGCCAAGUGCUCUUCAUUACAGCAAGUUGGCCUGCAAGAUGUCCCUAACUCCGUUAGAACUGGGAAAAGUUCUGUUGCACGACAUGAGUUACAUACGCCAUGUAAAGACAAUGUGGAAUACAGUACAAAAACUAGUACUACAACCAAGGGUUCAGAAGAUACCGAGAGCGGAUCAUCUACGACACCUAAAGAGGCUUCUAGGAGCUUUGCGUUAGAUAGGCGGUGGAUCACCAUUCAUACUGUAUGUUUGGAUCUGCUAAAUUCACCAGAGGUUUGGGAUAUGAAACAAAUGCAAGUGCAGCAGCCCUUUCGGAAUUUGUCAGGAGACAAUAUCGGGGAGGAUCCUACUGAUAAUCAGCACAUUAAGCUCUUAUCUGGGGUUGGGGACUGUAAAAUCGAUAAUUCUUAUGAAGAUACAAUUGGUAACCAUGCGAAUUGUGAGGGUACCAUGUCUAAUGAUACUUCCAGCUUGAACAACUCCGGUAGUAUAUACAAUAGUAUCAGUCCACAUGAUACCAGAAAUGCAGUUGCAUGCUGUCGUGAGAAUACUUGCAGCGGGUCAGAAGACUCAGAACAUAAGCAACCAGCCUCAACAGAAAGCCGGGGAGAAACAACGGAAUAUACUCAUCCCUCCACUGUUGAUGAUGAUCAAGAGAAUAAAACCCCGUACCCGAGUUCGGAAAAUUUGUUCGAAAAUAUCAAGGAUGGAAAAUCAUCGUUAAGGAGAAGGUACUCAUCGCAGUUUGUUGUCCGUCACGAUCUUCUUAGAGGCCAACAAAAACAGCUUGGGACACCCAUACGAAGUCGUGGUACAAUGAGCAGUAGUAAAGAUACCAGACCUUGUAUCUUGUUAGAGGACCACCAUUCUGUGCAGAUAUUUGAAGAGUCACCAAAACUUACUAAGCAGGGCAUAAAUGCAGCACAAGUAUCUUUGAGCCCGAAUUGCCUUAUCCCGCCAAAUGAUUCAGUUGGACUUUCUAGCAGACACGAGGAAUUCAAUUUCGGGGUAAAUGACAAAACUGAUACAAUCAGUUCAUGUGAAGAAGCAUUAAUCAGAUUGGAUUCUGCAACUGAGAAUGCACUAGAACAAUUUUCUAAGCUAGAUAGCUUGGCUUCAAAAAUAAAUGUUUUAACAGGUCCAGAAGCUCAUUUAUAUGAUGAAGCCACUAAGAUGCUUCCAUCAAUAGCAAAGAGAGUUCAUACCAUUGCCAGGUUGGCGCAGUCUAAACAGAACAAUAAUUGUGAGGAAUCAGGGAUAGAUAUUCCAAGUUUUGAACCUUUAUUAGGAAUAUUUGCGGAAAAUAUAUCACAAAGGGUGGUAGAAAUAUUGAAGAAAAACGCAGUCACUCUGUAAAAUGCUUAGCUAUAGAUAAAGUAGUUGCUUAUUAUCAGAGAUUUUUUGUACCUUUGUGAAUUGUUUAUCUAUUCACUAAAGAAAAUAAAACGAAGUAUCUAGCCUA